AUGAUAUUAUUAUAUAUUAAUUUUAAUGAAUUAGAAGAAUAAUAAUUGCCAUUAUACUUAAAGAGAUAACUAUCCUACAAAUCCACCAAAUCGAAGAGGAAUUUCGAGUUUUCUUUUAAAAACAUACUCAAUGGUUAUGGUAUUUAAUACAACUCAUUUUCUUGUAAUCCAGACCUUUAAUUUGUGAAUCAAAUAUAAUGAUUUGAGAAUUAAAUUCUGGAAAAUUACAUUAUUAAUCAAUAUAUUAAUAAAUUUAUUUUAAACUAAAUAAUUAGAAUCCAGAAUUUGAGGAUAUUAUAUCAUUUAAUAGUGUUGGAAAUGCUUUUAUAGUGAAAGAUUAAACUGUAUUUAGUGACUUUGUGUUACCAAAAUAAUUUAAACAUUAAAACUUUAGUUCCUUUAUAAGACAAUUGAAUAUGUAUAGUUUCAAGAAGAUAAGAAAUGUCAAUAAUCAAUAUUAGUUCAGUCAUCAUUACUUUUUAAAAGGAAGAGAGUACUGUAUUUGAUUAGAAUAGAGAUCUACUUUACAAAAUAAUGAGAAAAAAUGGUGUUAUGCAAAGAUGCCAUUAUCUCAAAUUAUAAAAUAAAGCAAAAUAGGAAGUUACUUAAUUAUAUUCCAAUUAUUCAGAAUUGAAGACAGAUAUAGAAUAAAUAUAAAAAGAGCUCAUCUAUUUCUAUUAAUAAUUUGAUUAAGUUAAAAUUAUUGAUAUAAUUCUUAGUUUUAAAGUACUAUAUCUACUUUGAUUGAUUCCUCUAGACAAUAGAUUAGAGAGUUAAGUAUUAUAAAAAAUUAAAAUUCCAUUUGUAAUGACUUACUAUUCUAAGUAUUGGCUAAUGUAUCUAAAUCAUAACCUGAAUAAAAAUAUCAUUGUAAAAAUUCAAUUAUAAAUAUAAUAGUCCAAUAUCCCUUUACUAACUCAACCUAAUAAACUUAAACUACUAAAAGUAAUGGAAGUGAUAAAGAUGAAUUGAAUAAUGAUAAUGAAAAUAAUAAUAAUUCAAGUAAAGAGGGUAAAAUUUAUGUUAUUGUUAUUAUUUUAAGAUACCAAUCAAAGUUUUUAGAGUAAUUCCUUUAGAGAACCAUAAUAAUAAUUGAAAUCAGAUUGAAC